AUGGCCUAUGAAGAACAUUACACAGGAAUUUUAGAGAAAAUGUCACAAUUAAUCCUGGAAAACAUGCCAAAGGCUCACUAUUCCAGUUUAUUGAAUGAUUUUGUUGAAUCUGAGUUUUUUCUGAUUGACGGAGACUCCUUGCUUGUCACAUGUGUAUGUGAGAAGUCGCUAGAGCCUGGGCAGAGUCUCCACUUCUUCUACUUGGUUGAGCGUUACCUGCUGGAUGUUAGUAGCAAAGGAGGACAUUUUGCCAUAGUUUUCUUCAAGGAUGCUGAAUAUGCAUACUUCAGUGUCCCUGGACUUCUUACACUGAGAACUGCUUUAAUUUUGCACCUUCAGAAGAAUACUGCCAUUGAUGUGUGGACUGAAUUUUCUGGAUGCUUGUCAGAAAAGUGGAGUAUUACCUUAAGUCAGAGUUGCCCAUAUUUCUUGAUUCUUGCUGAUGAAGGCCUGAACGAUCAGCAGACACACCUUUUCAACUUUUUAGUCAUUCAAUCUUGGGCAGCAAAGGUCAACAUCGCACUCUUCUCAGGGCAAACAUCUGGCAUCAUUCGUCUUUAUGCAUAUUUUAUGCAAAGCUCAUAUUCAAAGCAGCUGUUUUUCAAGCAGUUUGAGAAGGACAUUAUGAUUGAUUACAAAACCCUGAUUCAACAGUUGGAAAAAUAUAGAGACCUGGAUUUAACAACUCUAUUUGGAGAUUUGACAUUCAAUAAUAUGGUGGAAAAGGCUUGUGAGACGAUGUCUCUACUCAAGCAACUCUGGCCAGAAGGCUCUGACAUCCGGCGAGCCCUUUGUGUCACUUCAUGCUCCCUCUUCUUGGAAAUGUACCACUGCUUUUCAGAGAACAGAGGGAAGAAAGCCUCCAAGCAGACGUGCGAAGACAGACAGGAACAAGGUAGUUGUUUAACACUGAAGGACGUAGAAGACUUCUGUAAGCUCCAUUGCCUCAGUGUGGUUUUCCAACUCCACCUACCUCUUUCCCAGAGAGCCUGCUCAAGAUUCAUCACUUCUGGUUGGAUUGAGGACCUCAAGACUGUCUUUAAAAUGAAACAGUGGUGCGAGUAUUUCAUCCUAAGUAAUGUGCACAUGAUUGAAUUUUGGAGUUUGGAUUUACUUCACCUUUCUGAUUUUAGUGAUGAGCCUUUGUUGAAGAAUAUUGCUUUUUACUAUGAAAAUGAAAAUGCAGAAGGCCUGGAUAUGAAUGUAGGAGAUGUCAUCAUGAAGGAGUAUGUACAUCUCUGGGAUACUGUGUCGAAGUUGGUCAGAAACUUUGACUUGGGAAAACCAUUUCCUUUGAGAACAACAAGAUGUCAUUUUCUUAAAAAGAUACCAUCACCAAUCAAAGAAAGUUCUCAGGAGAAGAUAAAAAACUUGGGUUUUAUUCCAAUGUCAUCUAGUUUGGUUGAUGAAUUUACUGGAGACAUUUUGAAAGACUUGCCUUUCCUAAAGAACGAUGAUCCCAUUGUUACAUCCUGGAUUAAGCAUAAGGAAUUUAAUGAGCUUGUGCACUGGGAUUCCCAGAGACCCCUCAGUGAUGAUUAUGACAAGAAAAAUGCCAAAUUUACUGAAUUUUCAAGAGACCCCCGUUAUCUUAGAAGUUUGCAGAAGUAUCAUGUUUUUCAACGACUUUAUGGGAAAUCAUUAGAAACGGUCUCUUCCAAGACCAUCACAACUCAAGGUCCUAAGGUGAAGAAGGAUAGCAAUAAGUCCAGAAGCAUAAAAGCACAUGAGACCAAGGCUGACAAAAUUGCUAGAGAGAAUAAGAAAAGGUUAAUUGCCAAGGAAGAACAAAGAGAAGAGCAAAAAUGGAAUACCCUGUCAUCUUCUAUCGAGAAGGAGAUGAAAAGGAAUUUAAGUUCUGGACUGAAGAAGCUGGAAGAGUUUUUGAAAUCAUGUAAAAGUAACUCAGUAAAAGUUCAGGCUGAAAAAGUUGGGUUAACAGCUUGCUUGACAGCAUGGAAGGAUCAUUGCCGAACUGAAGGUGAAACCACGAAGGAUUUAAGCAUAGCUGUCAAUAUGAUGAAGAGAAUCCAUUCCUUGUUGGACAAACACUCUGAACUUCUGCAAGAAGCAGAUCAGAAACUCAUAGCCAGAUGUCUAAUGUAUUUAGGAUUUGAUGAGCUAGCAAAUUCUUUGUAUCCAACUCAGAAUGCAGCAGAUGACAUAAAAAUGACAAAGAAGAAUAUACAUUCAAUUGGAAUUGGACCAGUUCGCUUCCAACUACAAUAUAUGGGUCACCAUUUGAUACGAGAAGAAAGAAAAGAUCCAGACCCCAGGGUUCAAGAUUUUAUUCCUGAUGAAUGGCAGGCACUUGCUAAUCAAGUGGUAGCGACUAUUCAAAAUCGUUACACCAAAAUUCUGCCAGCUGGUGAAGUUCUGUGUGGUGUUUUCACUAAGGACUACAGUCAUGAUGCCCUUAACUGCCAGGUGCUUGUUACAGAUCCUGUCUCCUUUGAAAGUCUGCUACUCGCUCCUCAUCGCCAAAACUGGGUGAAGAGGAUCAGAUACGUCAUAUUUGAUGAGGUACAUUGUCUUGGUGGAAAAAUGGGAGCAGAAAUCUGGGAGCAUCUCCUUGUCAUGAUCCGAUGCCCAUUUUUGGCCCUUUCAGCUACCAUAAGCAACCCUGAGGAUCUUACUGAGUGGCUCCGGUCAGUAAAGAGGUACUGGAAAGAAGUAGACAGUGCAAUGGGAGAAAAAACUUUGUCCAAAAGAAAUUCUGGCUCCCGUGGCAGUCAUCACGAAGACCAAGCACAAGCCAGACAGUCAUACAAAGUUAGACUUGUGAUCUAUGGAGAGAGAUACAAUGACCUAGAGAAGCAUGUAUGUUCUGUGAGACAGGGUGAGGUUUGUUUUGAUCAUUUUCACCCAUGCGCUGCACUAACCACAGAUCAUAUUGAAAAGCAUGGAUUCUCUUCUGACCUUGUCUUUUCACCUCGAGAAAGCAUCCAGCUAUAUGACGCUAUGCUUCAGGUCUGGAAGAGUUGGCCCCGGGCCCAGGACCUGUGUCCAGAGAACUUCACUCAUUUUAAGAACAAAAUAGUUAUUAAAAAGUUGGAUGUUAGAGAAUAUGAGAAGAACUUAAAGGAAGAAUUCACAAACUGGAUUAAAAAUGGGAAUGAGGAGCAGGCCAGAAUGGUGCUACAGAAGCUGAGUCCCGAUUUCCAUGACUACUCAGGACGGAUGCUGGACUUCUUUCCGCAUCUUGUUGAGAAGCUCAGGGAAAUGGAUAAAUUGCCUGCAGUGUUCUUUCUUUUUAGAUUCGAGUCUGUAGAAGAAUGUGCUAAGGCUGCUUGCCAAUUUCUGGAAGAUAAACAGGAGGAAAAGAGGCCUUCGAAAGCUGAUAAAGAAGCUCAUGCCAUUGCUAAUAGACUUCGAAAAGUUAAAAAAUCUUUGGAGAAACAAAUGAUAACAGAUGAAAAUAAUGAAAAGCCUUCCAGAAGAUUGGAUCAAAGCAUCAUGCAGGAAGCUGAACACGAUUAUCUCCUGAAGCGUCUGGAGAAGAAUCUGGAGAUUCCUCAGGACUGCACGUAUGCUGAUCAGAAAGCAAUAGAUGAUGAGUCAUUGCAGAUGGUGUUUAAACGAGUGAAAUAUGAAAUUAAUGGUAACACACUGAAGACUUUGGCAAGAAGGGGUAUUGGCUAUCAUCACCGUUUCAUGUCCAACAAAGAAAAACAGUUAGUGGAAAUUCUCUUUAGGAAAGGAUUCAUUAGGGUGGUGACAGCUAGUGAAACACUCUCUUUAGGAGUCAACAUGCCGUGUAAAUCCGUGGUUUUUGCUCAAAACUCUGUCUAUCUGGAUGCUUUAAAUUUCCGACAGAUGUCUGGUCGGGCUGGAAGACGAGGACAAGACCUGCUGGGUGAUGUCUACUUCUUUGAUAUUCCACUACCCAAGAUAGAAAAACUCAUAAAAUCCAAAGUGCCUGAGCUGAGAGGCCAGUUUCCUCUCAGUAUCUCACUCAUUCUGAGACUCAUGCUGCUGGCCUCCAAGGCAGAUGACCCAGAGGACGGCAAGGCGAAGGCACUGUCAGUGCUGAGGCACUCGUUAAUAUCCUUUAAACAUUGCCGAGUCACAGACAUGUUAAAGCUUUAUUUCUUAUAUUCUUUGCAGUUCCUGGUGAAAGAGGGAUAUAUAGAUCAAGAAGGUAACCCUACAGGGUUUGCUGGCCUUGUAUCACAUUUACAUGACCAUGAACCAUCUAAUUUUGCUUUUGUCAAUUUUCUUGUAAGAGGUCUUUUCCAUAAUCUUUGUCAACCAACUCAUGAAGGCUCAAAACGUUUUUCUGAAGAUGUAAUGGAAAAGCUGGUCUUAGUAUUGGCAAAUCUUUUUGGAAGAAGAUAUAUUCCAGCCAAGUUCCACGAUGCUGACAUCAAGGAUUAUCAAUCAAAGGUAUUCCUUGAUGACUUCCCUGAGGACUUCAGUGAGGCCCUGCUUGAGUACAACACUCAAGUGACAGAGGACUUUGCUGCUUUUCUGCGAAUUGUGUCCCAAUUGGCUGAUAUGAAACUGGAAUAUCAACUCCCCUUGUCAAAAAUUGAAUUCACAGGUAAGGACCGUGAAGACUCGCCACUUGCGUCUCACCUGAUGAGCUGCAGGGAAGGAAGGAGGGCAGUUUCACCAUUUGUCUGUCUUUCUGGAAACUUUGAUGUGGAUUUGCUUCGUCCAGGAGUUUCAGAUAACGUCAUUCUGCACACAGUUGGUAUCGAUCACACCCAAGCCCCAGUGCUGUGGCCACACGGAUUUGAUAGUACAGGAAGAAAAAUGCCACUUAGUGCAUAUGCACUUGACUUUUAUAAGCAUGGAUCUCUUGUGAGAUUAGAGAAGGAAAAUAGGAUACAUCAAGGGAGAGCUUAUGAUCUGCUGAAAUAUUUUUCCUCCACCAUUAAAUCUAUCAGUAUCUCCUUACGUGAACUGUGUGAAAACGAAAAAGACAACGUUGUUUUAGCAUUUGAACAAUUGUCUGAGUCCUUUCAUGAGAAGUUUGAAAAAGUGUGA